AUGACAAUCUACACGUGCAGUAUAGGGAUGAAUACAGCAUUAGGCUACACGAUGAUCAUAGUGCUGCCAGUCGAAGCCCCCCUGCAAAACAGGACAGAGCCAGACAAGAUUACCGAAGUCUCCAAGAAGCACAAGGUCAUCAUGCACCUCGACGGUGUACUUCUUGGCGUAUCAAUGUCUACGGAGGGGUGUGAUGCUACACUCGAGGAAAUUGGCCGCCUGAUGGACAUCUUCUAG